UACUAGAAGAUAUGCAAAGGGAUAUUUGUCAGACAAGUUCAAAAACUAUUCUGUGUGCUUUUUUCCUCUCACAAGCUCUUCACUGACGUGAUUUUUUUUUUUUCUGGUUUCUUGAAAAACUUCUCUGGAAUCUGUGUAUAUAAAAACUCAAAUAAAUAUACCGGAUUAAGUUCCGAGUUUCCGACAAAUUCGCUUUCAUUUUUUUUUGUUGGAGCGAAAUUGUUGUGAGUAAUGCAAGACAUCCACACGAUCGGAGGUGGCCGUAUAUUCAACGGCGGAGGAGGAGGAGGAGGCGGCGGCGGAGGAGACAGAAGGUUACGACCGCACCACCACCCAAACCACCAAGCACUCAAGUGUCCACGCUGCGAUUCUCUCAACACAAAAUUCUGUUAUUACAACAACUACAACCUCUCUCAGCCACGUCAUUUCUGCAAGAGCUGCCGUCGUUAUUGGACAAAAGGCGGCGUCCUCCGUAACGUCCCCGUCGGCGGUGGCUGCCGAAAAGCCAAGCGCUCGAAAACCAAACCUUCAUCCGAAACCACCACAGCAGCAGCAGCAGCGGCCGCCGUCGUACCGCCACAGCCACAGCAGCAGCACCGUGAUCAACGUAAAGCGAAUUCUCUUUCUAGCAGCGAGAGUUCGAGUCUUACUGCAGCCAAUUCUAACGUUGCAGUGACUAAUAAUAAUAACAAUAACGACAACGACAACAACAACAAUAAUAGUUCUGCUGGUGGCACUGCUGAGGCGGUGUCGGCAGUGACAUCUCAUUCUAACUUGAUAAAUGUAAGCGAGUCGAAGUUUUAUGGAAACCCUAAUAAUUUAGGGUUCGAGCCUGGAUUGCUGGAACAAGGAUCGGACUGCGGGAUAUUUUCGGAGAUUGGGAGUUUUACGAGCUUGAUUACUUCAUCAAACAACGAAACUUUGUCGUUUGGUUUCAGUACGGUAUUAAAUGGGCAAGGACUUGAGCAAGGGCAGUGGCAGCAGCAGCAAAAGAUGAUGAGUAUAGGAGGGGAGGAAAUCAGCGGGGGAUUGCUUGAUCGGACGGUGCAGGUUGAGCUAUCAAAUUUGCAUAGCAGAUCGGAGGGUGAGGGCUCUGGAGGAUUUGGACCGUUGGAUUGGCAAGGGAGUGGAGAUCAAGGGUUGUUUGAUCUUCCUAACGCUGUUGAUCAGACGUAUUGGAGUCAGAGUCAGUGGACUGAUCAAGAUCAUCCUAACCUCUAUCUCCCCCAAAACAGCAUCGCUUUAUGGCUUGAAAAUGUGCCACGUCACCAUGAAACAAGGAAAACGGUGACGAUAAUUGCAAACGGCGGUGUUGUUGAUUUUGACGAAGAGAAGAGGGGAAGGGAAGGGAUGGGGAAAUGUACGGAUAAAGAGGUAGUGUUGAGCGUACUACUCCUAUGUAAGAUGUUGGUUGGGAAGUUGUUUUUUUGGUGGGGCCCGGAAAGGUAGUGACUAGUCCCAUGCGCGAUUAUGACUCCACGUGGCGGUGGUGAGACACCGGGGAUUGUCUUAAUGCGUAGGGCCACGUGGAUUAAACCUCGGGGAGGGUCGGGUCGAAACUCUUGAGUGCUACACAGGGUAGAUCGAUGGGGAUGUGAAAACCGGGAUGUAAAUCGGCGAUGGUGAUGGUGACGAAGACAAUGAUGUGGCGAUUGAGGUGGGUGGUGGUGGUGGUUGUUACUGGCAAACUGGGGAUGGGUGGGUCCAGGGCAUGUGCAGAAGUGGUCUCGCCAGUCUCACCCCCGUAUGGCCAUACGAGUCAUGUAUCAGUUUGGGUUCUGGAGUCUGAUGCGAUCCUCACCAUUUCCCAGGGCCCUUUGAUUUUGAGCAGAGAUUUUCUGGGAAGCGAGUUUGCCGUACCACAUUGGCACAUUGUUUUUAGUUUAGCUUUAGUUCAAUGCCCAACCUCUAAAUGGAUGAUGAUUGAUGAUGGAAUGGAAUUCAGUGUUUUCUUCUUAUCUUUUCAUCAUUGCUUAGAUGUUUGCCCACAUCAAAUGUGGUUUUCGGACCUUGGACUCUAGGGUAAGGUGUGGCGGUUGGGGCGGGGGUGGUAAUUUAGGUGAGGGAUUUGAUGUGGUCCUUUUGGGGAUAUUGAUCUUUGCGAUGUUAGGGCACUUGGGGGUUGAGCAUUGGUGUGGUCCCUUUUUGGCUGAAACAAUGAUAGAAGCUUUCAUGGGGCUUGAUCUGAAGUUCUGGGUACAAGUUUGAAGGAGAUUGGGGUUUGCUACAAAGUCUAAAUGUAGGGGGUUGUCAUUCAUCAACUUGGCUACUAGGAGGGGUCAGGGCAUGAGGCUGGACCACCACUGGUCCUGGUCCUCUACUGUCCUUCUAGUUUGGCCAAAUCCUGCUGCUGCUGAUAGGGCCGGUGGUCAGUCAAAGUUUCCAGCUGAAAACUACCAUUGCAUAAUCGAAACAUACUUUUUCAUUUUAUCUCAAUCUCGAUUAAUUGUAAAUGAUCCUUCAUUAUAUGCUCUUCUUAUCUGUUG